AUGGGCAACCCCAUUCCCGUCACCUUGGAGCAGGAGUGCCGCAAGGCGACCAAGAUCCUCAACGAAUUCGUCGACCCCGUCAAUGGGCUGGACAAGAUUGUCCCCGUAAGCGUGCUUCAGAGGGCCAGAGGGUUUGCCGUCUUUUCGGUUUUCCGCAUCGGCUUUCUGCUGUCAGCACGAGCUGGAGCAGGCGUCGUCGUCGCCAGAACGGACGAUGGCCGCUGGUCUGCGCCGGCUGCCAUUGGGAUCGGUGGCUUGGGUGGCGGAUUCAACGCCGGCGCUGAGGUGACCGAUUUUCUUAUUGUCUUGAACUCGAGAUCCGCCGUGCGAUCCUUCAUGGCCACUGGUUCUCUGCAGCUUGGUGGCAACCUUUCCGUUGCUGUCGGCCCGCUGGGAAGGAGUGCUGAGGCAAGUGGAAGUGUCAACACCAAAGGUCGUGUUGCCGCGAUGUUCUCCUACUCCAAAUCCAAAGGCUUGUACGGUGGCAUCUCGGUCGAGGGAACCGUGCUCGUCAACCGCGAGGACGCCAAUGUCAAAGCCUAUGGAAUGUACGGCAAGAACCCCAAACAGAUCCUGUCCGGAGCCGUCGAGCGUCCGCAGUGGGCCACGGGACUGAUACAAACCAUCGACCGCUUCACCCUUGCCAACACACCGAGCAAGGAUCUGGAUGGCGAGUACUUCAACUACGACGACACAAGUAGCUUUGACAAGCGUGGGCUUAGCGGCAGCGGUGGACGCAGGACGAGCAUUGACUCGAUGGAUAGCCGCGAGCUUGAUCUGCUGUCUUCUUCGUCAAGGUCCAAUGCUCAGCGCGGAUCUUCACGCAACGGAGGGAUGGAGGAGCUACCUGACUGCUUUGAUAUGUUUGACAUUGAUGAUGACCGCGAUCGUAAGCUCGGUCGCGACUCGCUCGAUGACCGCGACGACCGUGAUCGGCGCAGAAAGGACGAUUCCGACAGUCGCAACUACGGAUCGUACGCAUUCGGCUCACCGUCAUCCUCUCUCAGCAACACCCCGGCUCGCGUUGGAUCGGCUUCCUCUCAAAGAAGCCGCCCAGGCCUCCGGCAGCGAUCCAGCAGCAUCGCGAGCAACCUCAGCUUCUCGGGAUUAGGCAAGAAGAAGCUUGACCGGUCCGGCCCCACGCCACCGCCGGACUGGAACCACAUCCCGGGCCAGAGUACAUCCAGCAGUGCAUGGGGCAAGCGCAAUACAGAUGGCAUGGAUGCGCUCGACCGCGAGCUGCAGGGUGGAGGUGCAUCGAGCCCGUCCGCUGCACGCAAAUCACCGUUUGGCCACAACAAGAGCUUCAGUACUGCGGCAGGAGGGGCUUCCAACCCAGGUAGCGCGUACAAUUCUGGCUUGACAGAUGGUCGUAUUCGCAGCGGUAGUAUCAGCGGUAGUAUCGGAGGCAGAGGCAGUUCCAACACGCCUGUUGGCUGGUCUCAAUUCAGCAGCGCGGAAGAUGAGGCGGAUGAUCUGUUUGGAGGCGGUCGCACUAAUGCUACCGCGCGUGAUCCGUUUGACGACCUCGAUGCACGUGUCGAGCCGCGUUACACGGGAGCCAGCACGGGCGCGGGCAGCUACAACAACGACUACGCCAACGAAAGCCCAAGCAGCAACGGGCACGGACGAACCAGGUCACCCUGGGAUGGAACUUCUGCGCCGCCGCCGAGCAAGAGCGGCAGCUCGCGUUUCGGACGCUUCCGCACGCCCAGCCCCGCCAGCAGCGCAUUCUCCCGCAAAAAGACGCCCACCAUCGCCGAAGACGACGGCUACGACAAUCAGCACACUUCGCUCAUCUCGCCCUCGGCACUGGACGACUAUCACCGCAACGGCACCGCCUCCGGUAGCGACGGCGGCGUUGUGAGGAGAGAGUCGUUUUCGUUGACGAGCGAGAACGCGAGUGUGCCCGUGAUCGAGCGCGUGGUGGCACUGUACGACUUUGAGGCGCAGGAGGAGGGCGACUUGAGUUUCCAGAAGGGCCAGGUGAUCGCAGUGACCAAGAAGACGCAGAGCAGGGACGAUUGGUGGCAGGGCAGAGUCGAGGCGGGGUUGAGUGCGAGUCGCGUGGGGAUUUUCCCGGCGACGUAUACUCAGACGCUGUGA